AUGGGCAGGUCCGUCCGGCCCCAACCCGUCCACCUGUCGCUCUACGUCCGAGCAUUCAUCACGUUCGACAGGGAGCCAAUAACGAUCAGCAGAUCGAUCAUGGAUUUCGACGCGAUUUUGGAGGACGUCGGCGUGUUCGGCCGAUAUCAGAAGCUGGUGAUAUACCUGGUGCUGCUGCCGGCUGUGAUACCGUGCGGCUUCCACGCCUACGCGCAGCUGUUCAUGGCGGCGGACGUGAGGCACUGGUGCAGGGUGCCCGAGUUGGAGCAGAUCGAGGACUUGGAGGUGGUCAAGAACCUGAGUAUUCCCCUUGAGCUCAAGAACGACGCAUUGCAGUACUCAUCCUGUAGCAUGUACGAUCGUAACUACAGUUACUUAGCCGGGAUUUACCCGUACCUCGAAGAUGCAGAACCACCAGGCGAAAUCGUGCCGUGUAAAAGCGGCUGGGUCUACGACAAAACCGUCUACAAGAAUACCGUCGUCACCGAGUGGAACUUAGUUUGCCAAAAAGACUUCUAUCCGACCCUCGGAUUGGUGCUUCUGGCCGUCGGCGGUAUCAUCGGGAACUACAUCUUCGGUUACCUGCAAGACACGCUGGGACGAAAGCCCAGUUUCUUCAUAUACCUCCUGAUCGAAAGCAUCUUCGGGGUCGCCACGGCCUUCGCCCAGAACUACCCGGUCUGGAUCAUUUAUAGGAUCGGCGUCGGGUUCACAGUGCCCGCUAUAAUGGCUACACCUUACGUUCUUGCCAUCGAACUAGUCGGCCCCCGUUGCCGCACCUUAUGCACGAUCCUGUCCAACAUCGCCUACUCCAUGGGUCUAAUAAUGCUGGCCGGUGUGGUCUACUUGGUGCGCGACUGGCGACACCUGGCGCUGGCCACCACGUUGCCUUUCGUCUGCUUCUUCUUUUACAUCUGGCCAAUGCCCGAAAGCCCCAGGUGGCUGCUGGCUAGAGGUCAAUUUGAAAAGGCUGAAGUUAUAUUGAAGAAUAUGGCCAGGAUAAACGGAAAAUCGCUGCCAGCCAACUACAUGGUGCAGUUACGCCGAAAAUACGAGUCGGACAAGCUGAAACAGGACUUGGAGAGGGAGAAGGCGCGGAAGUACGGCGUUCUCGACCUGUUCCGGACGCCCAACCUGAGGAAGAAGACCGUCAUCAUCACGUUCAUAUGGUUCACCAACACCAGCGUGUACGUCGGCCUUUCGUACUACGCGCCGGUGCUCGGCGGGGACGAGUUCCUCAACUUCUUCCUCGCUGGCAUCGUGGAGCUGCCCACAUACCUGUUCCUCUGGCCGGCGAUGGAACGCCUCGGCAGGAGGUGGACCCUGUGCAUGAGCAUGGUCGUUGGCGGCGUGGCCUGCCUCACCACGUUCUUGGUGCAGCACGAGACCUACGUGACCCUUGCUCUAUACUGCGUGGGGAAGAUGGGCAUAUCGUCCUCGUUCGUGGUGCUACCGCUGAUGGCGUCGGAGCUUUACCCCACGGUGGUUAGAGGCCUUGGCAUGAGCCUCAGCUCCGUUCUGGGGAUGCUCGGACCGAUUUUCAUACCGCUCGUUAACUAUCUGGGUUCCGAUAUAAUGGUGUUGCCGUUAAUAAUCAUGGGGGCGCUGCUGGUGGCGGGCGGGAUCGCGAGCCUGCUGCUGCCGGAGACCCUCAACCAGCACCUGCCGCAGACACUGGAGGAUGGGGAGAAGAUGGGCCUGGACACGGAGUUCUGCUGCAGCCCCCCGGUGAAGGAGCCGGAGCCGAGCAAGGGGGCCAGCUGCAGGAGGUGCGGCGACUACUGCACCUGCCAGGUGGUGAACGUGACCCUGACGGAGAACGUCGCCGCGGUCAUAGACGAGGCCAGCGAAACCGUCGAGUUCAUUUUGGUCAAA